AUGUCAGACUCUCAAAAUACCUCUCAAAAUACCUCUCAAAAUAUCGUCAUCUCUCAUAUCGCCACCUCUCAUAUCGCCACCUCUCAAGAUACCCUGGAAACUGAUACUAAUGAGGAGACCGUUAAGUUGAAAAAAUAUCGCAAAUACUGGUGGAAAACCGGUAAAUACCACCAAAAGGCCAAUUGGGAAGAAGCAAGUUUACCCUAUGAGCUUGCUAUCGACGUUUCUUGGGAAGAGUAUGUCGAAAAAACGGAUAAAUACAAUAUACAUGGCUGGUGGGAGUGGGAAAACGGGGUCGUUCGUGUAAUUGAACUUUCUUCGCUAUUCCAUGAAAGCGGUGUUGAUGCCGUUGUCCGGCAAAUUCAUAGGGCAACUGAAAAUGUGAUGCGUACUAAUUAUGACAUUAUUGGCCUUGGAACAGCAAGUCACGUGGGAUCGCCAAAGAAGCAUGCUUCAUUUCGACCAGUGGCAAAACCUCGAGUAAAUAGAGGCGGAUCUGAUGGAAAGAAUCAGCCUUGGCCAAAUUUAAUAGUGGAGUUUGCAUAUGCAGAAACCGAAGCGCAUAUCAAGGAUAAACUUGAAAAGUAUUGGCUUAUGAAUGACCGAGCUCAUGAUGCUAUUGUGAUUAAAAUAGAACCCAUCACAUCAGUUACAACACCACCUACAACUCCAAUGUACAUGAUUGCUUGGCAUUACUGCAUAAACAAUGUAACAGCUAUUGGUGUAUUAAAUCCCACAAUGUAUGAAUUCGGAUCGGUUGACUGCCAGGGAAAUCCAAUCAACCCACAACUUGGACAAAAUGUCAUCAAUAUUCGACUGGAGUGCCUCUAUCAUGGAGUACCUAAUGUUGUUAUCCCAUCACUUCCUCUACCUAACCACAUUCCUAUCGAUCUGUUUGAUGUUAG